AUGGCUUGGAAUACUGAUAUAUUAGAAAUUAAGUUGAAGGAGGCUGAAAGAGUAUCUUGGGGAUUAUUUAAAACAGGUGUAUGUAAAUGUUGUAAUCCUAAGAAGCUUAUUAGAACCAAGAUUCUGACUGGUGGUCUAUCCAAUAUUUUGGUUCUAGUCUCAAUCUCAACGGAUUUGUUUUGCGAAGAUAUGAAAAAGAUCAAUAAGAAUAUUCUGAUUCAAAAUCUAAAAGUUAGAUUUUAUUCUGAAGAAAGAAAGAUUUUUGUAAAUGAGAAACGUGAACAAUUAAUUCAAAAUUUACUUUCUGAAACAGGAAUUAUUAAACCAAUAUUACAUUAUUUUCAAGGAGGACAGAUAGAAGAGUUUGUACAAGGAAGAACUUUACAAGUAGAGGAUCUUAGAAACAAAUCAACUUAUAUUCAGAUUGCAAGGAAAAUUGCAAAAUUACAUUCAAUUAAAAUUUCUGAAGAUAUUUUGAAAAAUAUUUUUUUGGAAUAUAACCCUAUUAAUAAUCAGAACUUGAAAGACUUAUACUCUGUUUCUAAUAAUCAACCUAUGUCUAUUUUAUGGCCUACUUUGGACAAAUGGACAUCUUUUUCAGAAAAAACUUUAAAACAAAAUCCUAAUGAGCAUCUCAUUGAUAUUAAUUUUGAAAAAUUAAAACUACUCAUCUGUAAGCUAAAAAGAAGUUUAUACUCGGAUGUUUUCUCUAAGUUAACAUGCUCAAUAGUAAUUUCUCAUUCCGACUUGCUUCCGGGAAAUAUUAUUGAAACCUUAAAUAAAAAUUACAUUUUCAUUGAUUAUGAGUUCUCCGGUACAAUGGAAUGUGUUUUUGAUUUAGGUAAUCACUUAUGUGAAUGGGCAGGAUUUACGUGUAAUUGGGAAUAUCUGCCAGAUGAUCAAACAAUUUCUGAAUUUAUUAAUUACUAUAUUUCGGGCCUAUCAACUAAUCAAUGCAAAAGAAAUGAAUUUGAAUGCGAAAAAAGUGAUACAAUUAAUAAUAAUAAAAACAAUUUCAACAGAUUAGAUGAAUUGGAGAAUAAUUGUAAAUGUUUGAAUCAUAAUGUGAAACAAAUUUCUGAAUUCGAACAUUCUGACCCUCUAGCAAUCAAUAAAGCUUAUCUAAAAGCUGUAAAAACCUCUAUGGUUAUUUCGAACAUUUUUUGGGGAUUGUGGGCAAUUUGUAAAUCAGAUUUUGGAUUAAAUCAUUCUUCUAGCUCGAAUUUUGACUAUAAAUCUUAUGGAUAUAGAAAGCUUGAGUCAAUUAAUACACAACCAUAUUUCCGAAGUAUUCUAAAAGGGAUUGAUCCAGAUAUUGAAUUCCCCGUAUUUUAA